AUGAACUUGAAGAAGAUGAAAUCGAGAAAUGGGGCCUCUCAAGAGGGCAAAGAUGUUUAUAAAGCUUGGGCAUUCUGGACGGGAAUGAAGAAGCCGAGCAACAGAGAAAUGAACCUGGAAUUUUUGGACAAGAUCACGUCGGGAAGCAUGGAUCAGUCUACUCAAUUUCUUCGGAAUGGAUAUCCUUCUGAUGAUUUUCCUGCCGUCGAACUUAUUCCAAAUCCAGAAAACCCCCCCUUACGUGAACUGAUCACGACCACGUAUAAUAUUACAAAUAAGCAAAUCCUAGCUGCUGGAAACUUUGGGAUUGGACCAAGUCAUGAUUAUGCAAGAUUGCUUCAUGAAAAUAAUACAAACCAGCAAAAUACCAACCAACAAACCCUAGUUGGAAACUUUGGGAUUGGACCCCACCACCUUGUUUAUGAAGGACUAUCUCAAUGUAACAAUACAAACAAUGAAACCCUAGUUAUUGGGAACGCUAGGAUUGGACCCAGCCCUGUUUAUUAUAAUUCUCCUGUAGGAAGAAUCUUGCAGAGAUAUAAUGACAUUACAUCGCUUGAAGUUAUGAGGGGACGUGUGGUUUCAAUGUCGAAAGAGGAAUAUGGAAGUGAAUUUCUGGCUAUUUUAGAUGCAAUGGCAUCUGAAUGCACUCUUGUUGCCACAAACAAAAGCGGUUGUUUUGUUCUUCAAAAAUGUCUAUCUAUUUCUACGCUAGAACUUUCUUACUUGUUGAUUUGUGCCGUUACUAAUCGUGUCACAGUGCUAGCACCACAUCAAUACGGGAACUAUGUGGUGCAGUAUGUGAUUAAGUUGAGGUUGGGUGAAGUAAAUGAAGCAAUAGUGAAUCAACUUCGAGGUUGCUAUGUUGACUUGUCUGUUAACAAGCAGGCUAGCAAUGUGGUGGAAAAUCUGUUGAUAUUCUCAACUCAGAAGAAUGUUGAUAUUAUAGUUCAAGAGAUUAUAAAUAGCCCUAGCUUUUUGUACCUUCUUCAAGACCCAUUCGGCAAUUACGUUGCUCAGACAGCCUUGGAAUGUUCUAAGGGAGCUCUGUAUGAUGCAUUGGUGAGCACAAUUUCGAAACACUAUAGAAUUCUGUGUACUGAUCAAUAUGGAAAAAGGGUGUUAGAUUUUAUGUGUGGAGGAGCCAAAAAAUUUUAUGCGCAAUUUCGAAGACAUUAG